AUGGCUACCAAUAUCCUCAAACCCCAAACCCAAGCGAUCCCAAUUACCCCGCCUCCCGAGGUCUCAGCGGAAGCCCCAACAGUCUCCUUCUUAAGCUCAACUUCGACAACGGCCUCAGUCGACCUCGAUGCCAAGGCCCCCUUCCACGCCAUCCAAUCUCUCUUCGACCACCUCAACGCUCACCCGGAAGACAUAAGCAAGCUCAACGCAACCUACCCACGCCGCGGCGUCAUCAAGACAGCCGCUCUCCACAAAACCGAGUCCGAUCAUCGACCUCUCACCAACCCUACCCAAUAUGUCCCGACUAUCCUGUCCUCGGUGAGUAUUCUCGCCGGCGUGGAUCUGUCCACAGCACACAGUUCAUACAACAUGAACUACCGUCUGUGUGACUACAAUCCUUACACGGCUGCUCCUGAGUCUUCCAAUGGAUGUGGAGAACACACUGAUUACGGGACUUUCUCGAUUAUCUUCCAGGAUGGUACGUCUGGCUUGGAGAUUGAGGAGACACCUGGUGUUUGGGUUCCGGUUCCAGGUGAUGCUAUCGUUGUUCUGGCUGGUUGGUGUGCGGUUAUCUUGAGUGGUGGCAGGGUUGCUGCUGCGAGACACCGGGUUCGUCGUACCCCCGGCGUGCGUCGGUUGAGUGCUGUGCUGUUCGUUGCUCCGGAUUUGGAGGUGAAGUUGAAGCCGCUUGGUGAGAGUCAGCCGGCGAAGGCCUUUUCCGAGACUAUUAUGAAUGGGGAAUUGGAUGUUGAGACAUUCAAGGAUGUUAUGGGGAAGAGAUGGAGGUAUAGAGAGGGAAAUGAGGAGAUUGAGAAUGGAAAGUCUCUCUCCCAGGAUAACGAGAUUGAGAAUAUGGUUUGGGGUUAA